AUGCCGAGCGAUGACGCCUGUGCCUGCGACGGGUGGCGUGCAUCUCUCGCGCCCAUCGCGCCCGGCGUGUCCGGCGACAAGUCCAACGAGCUCGAGUACCUUAAGAAGCUGGUGUCCCAGGACAAGAUCGCUACGAUCGAGGCCAAGGCCGGUGACGCCGCUUCGUCCGCCAAGGACAAGGUCUCGGACGCCAUCUCGUCUGUUGUCGGCGACAAGGAGGCCCCCAAGCUCAUCCUGAUCGGUCCCCCCGGCGCCGGCAAGGGCACCCAGGCCCCCGCCAUCUCGGAGAAGUACUCUGUCUGCCACCUCGCUACCGGUGACAUGCUCCGUUCGCAGGUCUCGCAGAAGACCCCUCUCGGUGUCGAGGCCAAGAAGAUCAUGGACGCCGGUGGCCUCGUCUCUGACGAGAUCAUGGUCAACAUGAUCAAGUCUGAGCUCGAGAACAACAAGGACUGCGCUCGCGGCUUCAUCCUCGACGGCUUCCCGCGCACGGUGCCGCAGGCGGAGAAGCUCGACGCCAUGCUCGAGGACAAGGGCAAGAAGCUCGACAACGCGAUCGAGCUCAAGAUCCCCGACGCGCUGCUCAUCUCCCGCAUCACCGGCCGCCUCGUCCACCCCGGCUCGGGACGCAGCUACCACCGCGAGUUCAACCCGCCCAAGAAGCCCAUGACCGACGACAUCACCGGCGAGCCCCUCAUCCAGCGCUCCGACGACAACGCCGAGGCCCUCCAGAAGCGUCUCGUCACGUACCACAAGCAGACUGUCCCCGUCGUCGACUACUACCGCAAGACUGGCAUCUGGGCCCCCGUCGACGCCGCCCAGAGCCCCAAGCUCGUCUGGGCCUCCAUCUCUGCCAUUCUUGAGGACAGCCAGAAGAAGAAGAACUAA